AUGGGAAACGGUCCCGAGGUCGAGCGGGCGCCCGCGCGCGGGCGACGGGAGGGACAGACGUCGACGUCGUACGGGGCGCGGGCGCUCGGGCGCGGGGCGCGGGAGACGCGCGAGGACGCGGACGACGUCGAGAGGUACGACGCGCCGCGUCGACGACAAGGGGGGGGGCGGGAUGAGUUUUUGACGAGCGCGAUGUUGUGCGUGGGCGCGGUGAGCGUGUGCAUCGUGAGCGUGAUGAUCGCGGGGGGAUUGGCUUUCGUGGGGUUGAGCGAGAGCCGGAGCGAUCGGGCGGCGAUGGAUUACAUCUCGCGGUCGCCCGAUGCGUGGAGUGGGAUGUCGAGUUAUCGAGGCGGGGAGUUACAAUCGAGCGGUGGUUUGUCGACGGGCGGGCGAGCGUCGAGUCCGCGCGAGCGGUUUGAUUAUUUCGCCCAACCCGAUCGCGUGAACCAGGAUUCCCUCGUGGAGGAGCUCGAUCGACGAUACGGCGAGCGAUUACAGGCGAUGAUGCGGGAGCUUCGAGAGCAAGGAAACGCGGGUUCGCAGGCAAAGAUGGAUCCGACGUCGAUGACUCUGGCGUCGACGCAGACCAGAGGGGAGGAUCCGAGUUAUUUGCCGCCGGCGCCGAUGACAGAGGCGGAGAGAGACGCCAACGCCGCGGCGGAGCGUCUGCGACGUUUACCGCACGAGCGUUUACCGAGCGCCGAGGACGACGACGAUGAUGAGAGUGAUAUUAAUCCCAAGGAAAAGUCCAAGGAUGAUCCGUUCGAUGAGUUGGACGCCGAGGACGGCGCGGACGGCGCGGGAAAAUGGAGAAUGAGAGCUUCGUCGUCGCGUCGCGAGCGGACGUCCAAAAGUGGUCGCUCCUCGGAGGAAGGCGAGCGAAAGCGACAUACCUUUGGCGUUUUGGCCGUGGAGGAGCGCGAGUACGCGGAGACGAAGAAGCCGCAAGCCGCGGUGAACAAGGCGCGCGAGCGCUUUGAGCAAUUUGAAAACACUCCCGAGUGGCACGGCAAAAUCAGACGUGAUUGCGACUCUUACGUCGAGCGUUUGCGCGAGAUUGAGAAUUUGGUGAAAAACGCAGAGGGUUCCAAGGCGACUCGCGCGUCGAAGCAAAUCAAUCUCGGCGUCGAAGCGGUUCGUCAGUGGCACGCGACGAUUUCGCGUGAUUUGAAGAACAAACUCGCCGUUAUGGAGGUUGCGCUAGAGAAGAUCGCCGACGCCAAAUCGGAAGAUAAGGAGUUACGCGUGCACGCGCUUUCGGAAGACAUAGAGGACGAACUGGACGCGCUGACGACGACGAUGGAUCGCGUGGACAAGCUGAAGACGGCGUUGAGCGACGUCGUCCACGCGCUCACAUCCGCGGCGGCUGACGCCUCUGCAACCAACAAAACGGAGACUGGAUCGACGAAGCGCGCCGCCAAGUCCAAGUCGUUCGAUGACGAAGAAAACGACGAUGGCGAAGAGGAAGCCGACGCCGCGGAUGUGGGUGCUUCGAAUAGGAAGAAUUCUUGGGAUCAGGUCGCAGAGACCUGGGUCGGCGGAGCGUCCAAGCCGAGCGGCGUGGACACAUCCGUGGCCAAGUUUGCCUCUAAAGACAGCGCGAGCGCGUCGCCAUCGUCGUCGUCGAUCGUCGAUUCCAAAAAGGAUGACAAAAAUACCGCGGUAUCACUCGCCAAGCAAGCCGAGGGCGGGGACGCUCCGUGGGUGCACGCGCGCUGGGGAGCUCGAGCGAGUUUGGGAUCCGCGGGUGACGACACCGAGUACGACGACGUCGCGAGCGAACGUGGCUCGGGGGCGACGCUGGGUGACGUCUUGUCGCAAAUCGUUCGCUCGGUCGCCGACGGGGAGGAUUCGAAUCCAAAAUCGUCGCGGACUUCAACGUUCGCCGCGCUCGGAAGCGCCUGGGGCUCAAACGACUGGGUCGGCACAGAUGCCGCGGACGCGACGUGGGAUCCGAUUCGCGGCGAAAACGACGGCGUGUACGUCGACGACGCAGCAAAACGUUUGGACUGGACGAUUCCACCCGGUGGAUCGUCCACGUCUAAGUUGGCCCAGAGCGAGCUCGAUCGAACGCCCACACCCGACGACGAGGAUUUUGACGAAAAGAGCAAGCAACGCGCUGUGGAGAAAUUCGCCCAAGCCGAGCAUAAAUCCGCCGAGGCGUGGCGCAUGGAGGCUAUGAAGGCGCAACAAAAGCUCGAGGAUUUAGCAGCGAGUACUUUGGAGAACGACGGCGAGAUGAAGAAAUCUGCCGAAGCCGUCGAGCGCUUGAAAGGGUUGGUGAGCGAAUUCAAAAAGGCGCUCGUCAAGGAAUCCAAGGCGAGAGCCAAGGCAGAGAAAUUACUCGAAGAGGAAUCCACACGAUCGGCCGAGGAGCGCGAGGACCUCGAAAAGCGCGUGGUGGAACAGGCUAAAUUACAAAUCCUAGCGGCGAGAGCCGAGGCACGUGACGCCUCGCUCGCGAGGAUCAAAGCAGAGGCGGAGGCGGAGAAGGCGCUGAAGGAAAAAUCCGAACUCGCCAAAGCUGCGGCAAAGGUUCAGGUGAGCGCCGAUAAGGCUCUGAAAACGCUCAUGGCAGAUAGAGACGCCGAGAAAGAGCACUCAAAGCAAUCGAGCGAGAGCGAGUACGACGACGACGCGAAGGCUGAAAUAGGGGAAGACGCCGAUGUUCGCGACGUGUUGAACGCCGCGGCGGAAGCCGCGGAGGCAGCGGCAAAACAGGUGCUCAAGGACAAGGGUGCGAACUCGUCGUCGUCGUCCGGUGAGAAGCCAACGACGUGGGACUCCGCGCUCGAGGAUAUCAAGACCGAGGCCGCGGCCAAGGGUGCGUCAGCGAGUGUCGGCUCCGAUCGAGACGGCUCAACGCCGACGCCUUCGACGAAAUCAAAGAGCGUUUCGCCGAAGAAAGAAGCGGAUGAUUCCGACUCCGUGGACUCACUCAUCGACGGUGCGCCCACGUUCGAGACCACGAUCGCGGUGUCGUCCUAUGACGUCCCGAAAAAAGAUGUCAAGCUCUUCCGCGGAGCGACUCUGAGCCUGUUAGCGGCCCGAGCGCCCGGCGCGUGCGCGGAGAAGACGAUGGAUGUGAAAAAGUCAACCGCCGACGAUGGAAGCGUGCGAUUGAGCAUCAAGUGCGUGAACGCCAAAAACGUCGAGGCGGUGAGCAAGGCGACAGAGGCUCUGAAGUGGGCGACGGAGAGCGGGCGCAUGGGUGCCAAUUUGGUGAAGAUUGGCUUUAAAAGCGCCGCCGCGGAGGAUUUCUCAGUCGUAUGA